CCGUGCAUUUUCUUUUUUAGCAUCUAACCAUUCCUCCCUUGUGGUCCUUGGUUCCUCAAUCACCCUUUCCCACAGCCCACCCGCCUAACAUCACAGUCUCUGAAAAUGCACAGGGAUGCCUGGCUACCUCGCCCUGCCUUCAGUCUCACGGGGCUCAGUCUGUUUUUCUCUUUGGUGCCCCCGGGGCGGAGCAUGGAAGUCACAGUCCCUACCACGCUCAGUGUCCUCAAUGGGUCCGAUACCCGCCUCCCCUGUACCUUCAACUCCUGCUACACCGUGAACCACAAGCAGUUCUCUCUAAACUGGACUUACCAGGAGUGUAGCAAUUGCUCAGAGGAGAUGUUCCUCCAGUUCCGAAUGAAGAUCAUUAACCUGAAGCUGGAGCGGUUUGGAGACCGUGUAGAAUUCUCGGGGAACCCCAGUAAGUACGAUGUGUCAGUGACCCUAAAGAACGUGCAGCUAGAAGACGAAGGAAUUUACAACUGCUACAUCACCAACCCUCCAGACCGCCACCGCGGCCACGGCAAGAUCUACCUGCAGGUCCUUCUAGAAGUGCCCCCAGAGCGGGACUCCACGGUGGCGGUCAUCGUGGGUGCCUCAGUGGGAGGUUUCCUGGCUGUGGUCAUCUUGGUGCUGAUGGUGGUCAAGUGUGUGAGGAGGAAAAAAGAGCAGAAGCUGAGCACGGAUGAUCUGAAGACUGAAGAGGAAGGCAAGACGGACGGCGAGGGCAACCCGGAAGAUGGUGCCAAGUAACCGGAAGCCUGCCCUGAAGCCCCUCCCUGUGCCCUGUCUCCUCUCACUCUCUGCCCUGUACAGUGUGACCCUGCCUGCUCUCUCUUGGUGUCCUUCUCUUGAAUAGGACCCCAGGAUCGACCUGGGGCCUCACUUCCCAUGCCCCCACCCCCAUACCAAGGGUGACCUCCCUCCCUUUCAUCUGAAAACUGCCUUGGUGUCUGAGAUCCGAGUCCCAGGGAGAACAGAGAAGGGCUCUAGCCUGUCAGUCUUUGAAGAGGAAAGACAUGUGUGUUGUCCCAAAGACAAGAUAGGGGAGGGAGGGCAGUGGGAGAAGAGGUUGGCUGCCCAUCUUGUCUAGGGUUUAGUCUGGUUGCAGUUUAAACUGUGGGAAUAAGUUGUGUGUGUGUGUGUGUGUGUGUGUGUGUGUGUGGUGGGGGGUUCUGUGCUGACCAGAGGCACCACGGAAUGACUCAUGAUGAUGGCUUUGUUGUAUUCCUUUGGCUACUCCCAGCCCGGAACAGCCAUCAGCUGGAGAAGAAGAGGGGGUCCUACCAUUUGUGAAAGCAUUAUUUAAAGGGAUGACUGUGCAUUUCCAGGGCACUCAAGGAUAGACAGGGCUGACACAUUUCUGGACACGAGCCUUGGCCCAGAGAACUCUGUUCUGGCCUCGUUUCUAUCACUAGCCACUCCCAGAGAGGCUCUGGUUUACUGUUGGCUGCUGCUCCCUUAGGGAUGCUGGCUGGCACCAGGUAGGAUCAGAUCCUACCCUAGAGCUGCCCCUUGAGAGACCUGUGAGGGACUGAGGGGUGUGGGAUGCACUGCAUACAUGCAGUGUCUUCUCAAACAAGAUGACCACCUUGGCCUCAGCCAGCAGCCGUCAAGCCUCAGAACCCCGGUGUGUUUUGGGGAGCGGAGCUGUGGAUAGGGACAGCUUCCAGCACGGCUUUAGUUUGGGGGUUUCUAGUUGCCUUUGGCAGGGGUUCUCUGCUUGGCUUUUGGCAAGAUGGAAGAGAAGGCUGGAACUCGUGAAAUACGAGGGCAUGCUGAAGGAGCCUCCGAACCCUCCCCCACCCCACCCACAUCCCCACCCCCACAGAGAAAGUCACUCCUGUGGGAAGCCAAUAUUCACUGCCAUUUUACUAUCAUUAUAAGGGACUCAAGUCCAGAGACAUUUUACUAUCAUAAUAAGAAACUUGUCCAGAGAUGGGAGAAAGGCAGGGCAGAAAUGGCUAAUCGAAGAGCAUCGUGCUGGGACAUGCUCAGAGAACUGGCACCGAGCCUCCUGCAGAUGGGGAGUCUGAAGCUCCAGGAAACCGGCAGAAGCUGAAAGCAUUGCCCGUGUUCUGGAUCGCUGGUCCCCAGUCAGAAUAAACAGAGCUUCCUGGAGGGAUAGCCUCAAACCUAGGAGGUAUUUGUGCAUGGCAGUGGUGGGGUUCAUCUAGCCCUGCUCCCCUUCCAGGAACUCAGCCCCCACAAGCUCAGGGAGUUAGCUGUUCAGGGUAGGGAAAGAGUGUGGUAGAGACAGGACCAAGACAGUCUCAGGGACCAAUGCUUGCCUCUGCUUAUCAGAGACAAUAGCCACUUAGAGGCAGUGGGAGCCACUGGAAGGUUCAGCUUAAUUCACUUCAAUCCAACAACCAUUUACUGAGUUUAUGCUGUACGCCAGGCCCCGUGCUAGGUGCCAGUGGUGCAUACAAAGCCAUAACAGAGUCAGGGACUGCCAAUCUGCACUGGAGGACCAAGAUUUAUUAUUAUUAUUAUUAGUAGUAUUAUUAUUAUCAUUAUUUGGUGCAUCUACUUCCACCUCCAUAGCCACUGCUUCCACAAGAGAAUCAGAAGGAUGAGACUCUUGAAUCUGGGGAUUGGGAAAGUCAGGGUGCAAGGGAAGUGGGAAUGUACUGUUGGGAAGGGUACGUGGGUCAGGUAGGUUGGGCAUGGAGUAGGGGGUGGGUAACCAGCCAGAGAACUCCUGGGUAAGGUGAAUCUAACCCUCCUAGAAGUUCCAAACUCUUUGACUCAGUACCUAACUGCCAAACAACACACUGCCAAUGGGAGUGGGUAAACCACAGGGGCCUGGAGCAGGUGGGCGCUGCCUAUCCUUCAAGCCAGCCAAUAGGAAGAGAGAGAUGAGUCGUGGGCUCCUCAAGCCAGCUAAAGCCAAGGGUGUGGUGUAAUAGUUCUGCAGCUCGGAGUGGCCAGUUUUCAUCACCUGGCCGCCACGUGCCCUCUUCUGUUCACAGUGCACAGACAAGGACUUGGCUUUUGCCAAGUCUCCUAGCAUUUUGGGGCGGGGAGGGGGGGCGCCGUGAUUAUUAUGAGAUCCCGCCAGAGUUGUACUAAUAAGCUGCCUCUUAAAGAAGUAACGUUUCUUGGGGUCUUUUUCUUUUCUGUCCUGAUGGAAUGGAAUCCAGGGAGAGCAAUGCCUGUCUCUGGACCUCGUGGGCUGUGUCAGGAGUCAUUUCUACCCCAGGUCCUUGCCCUCAUGAGCACUUCCUUUUGGAGCCACAUAGACCCUCCUCCAGGGUCUCUGGGCUUGAGGUUGGGAACAAAAACUUGGCUUCUGUGAGGUGGGCUGGGAAACUGUGAGCUGUUCUUACAGGAGCCGUUGCUCAAUCUUGCUUCUUAGCUUACGCCAGCAAACUGCUCUCUUGCUACAGUGUGGGCUCCGAGCUCUGCUCCUGGCUCUGUGCUCCCGCUACUGCACUCUCAGUCUCUCCUGCCUCUCCUGCUCUCCCAGAGUCCCCUCCUCACAUCCCAUCUGCCUCUGCCUCCUAAUUAAGGGCCACUGCAAAGAAAGACUGGCUGGCUCACCCGUGGGAUCGAACUCAUGAGUACAAAGCACAAUAUUUCAGGACUGAAAAAGCAUUGCGGUGCCUUGGAACUGGCUUUGGAAAUAGCUGUCUGCCCCUCCAGCUACUUGAUCAAAUGGGAAGAGCUGAUUGGGUCCAUGUUUCCCUGUGAGUCUUUGGGAAAGUGGGGCUGCUGCAGCACCGACAAGAUCAGGUUAAGCAGGUAGACAGGUGGAAAUACUGACCAGGUCCAAAGAAGUUAGUCCCGGGCCAUAGGAAUGGCUUGGUGCAGUUGGAACGGGUGACAAAUUAAGAAAACUUUUUUUUUUCCUACAUAUGUCUUAAGAAUAGACAGCCUUGCUGUGCCUCUUGCCGAUGUCUUCCUUUAUUGAAGCUUGCUGAUGCGAUUGUACAUAGCCUUUCUAUAUAGGUAGCGAUAUAUUAUAGAUACAUAUAAAACAUCUCACUAUGCCCACCCACCCCAAAAGUUACACUGUGGGGGGAGGGUGUAAUCACUUCUCAGUGUUUCCGAGUACCAAAGGUUCAUUAUGGAAUGUUCUUUGUGCUUUUUAGGGGGAGAACCCAGCUGCACAGCAAAUGCUUAUGCACGCCUGGGCUCUACCUCCUGUUUGGUGGUUGAGAGGGGAGAGAAGCUUAAACAAAUGGCCUCUGUGACCCGACUGCUGGGAGCAGGCUGGAUUUCUCCAGCAGUUUGUCAGAUUGCUUGGAUCUAUUGGUUGCAAUAAACACACUGUCUCCCCCGAA